GAAGCGCUGAGAGCGCGGUCGGGACGGUUGGAGAGGAGGGGGCCUCCCGGAAGGGGGAGAGACAAACCGCCGUCGCCUCAGCCGUUAAGGAGUCCGGUUACUUAUUUAUUAUUUUUUUUUAAUUUAUCUCUAAGGGCUUCCUUUCCACCCCCCUUUAUUUUUUUCCCUCUGGCUGUCGGCUAAAACCCCAGGGUCCGGGGGAAGGAGGAAGCCCGUCGCGCGAUUUCCUCUCUCUCUUCUCCGCGCGCCCUCCCUCCCUCCCUCCCCUCCCCCCCCUUCUCCUCCCCGCCUCCCACCUUUUUCCGACUCCGGGAGGUCUUGCCUGUUGGCCGCCCCGGCGGGGACUGAGCGGCGAGGAAGAGGCGGCGCCGGGUUUUUGUAGGGAGGUUUGCGCCUGCGCGGCGCGGCCGCAGCCAUGCACGGGGGGGGGACCCCUUCCGGAGACAGCGCAUGCCCGCUGCGCACCAUCAAGCGGGUGCAGUUCGGAGUCCUCAGCCCCGAUGAGCUGAAACGGAUGUCGGUGACGGAGGGGGGCAUCAAGUACCCGGAGACGACCGAGGGGGGGCGCCCCAAGCUCGGGGGGCUGAUGGACCCGCGGCAGGGCGUGAUCGAGCGGACGGGGCGAUGCCAGACCUGUGCAGGAAACAUGACGGAGUGCCCGGGCCAUUUUGGCCACAUCGAGCUGGCCAAACCCGUGUUCCACGUGGGCUUCCUGGUGAAGACCAUGAAGGUCCUCCGUUGCGUCUGCUUCUUCUGCUCCAAGCUGCUCGUGGACGCGAACAAUCCAAAGAUCAAGGACAUACUGGGCAAAUCGAAGGGGCAGCCCAAGAAGCGCCUGACCCACGUUUACGACCUGUGCAAAGGCAAAAACAUCUGCGAGGGCGGUGAGGAGAUGGACAACAAGUUUGGCGUGGAGCAACCCGAGGGCGACGAGGAUCUGACCAAGGAGAAGGGCCACGGGGGCUGCGGGCGCUACCAGCCCCGCAUCCGGCGCACGGGUCUGGAGCUGUACGCCGAGUGGAAGCACGUCAACGAGGACUCGCAGGAGAAGAAGAUCCUGCUGAGCCCCGAGCGGGUGCACGAGAUCUUCAAGCGCAUCUCGGACGAGGAGUGCUUCGUGCUGGGCAUGGAGCCCCGCUACGCCCGGCCCGAGUGGAUGAUCGUCACCGUGCUGCCCGUGCCCCCGCUCUCCGUGCGGCCCGCCGUCGUCAUGCAGGGCUCCGCCCGCAAUCAGGACGAUCUGACCCACAAGCUGGCGGACAUCGUGAAGAUCAACAACCAGCUGCGGCGGAACGAGCAGAACGGGGCGGCCGCCCACGUGAUCGCCGAGGACGUCAAGCUGCUGCAGUUCCACGUGGCCACCAUGGUGGACAACGAGCUGCCCGGUCUGCCCCGGGCCAUGCAGAAGUCCGGCCGACCCCUCAAGUCCCUGAAGCAGCGGCUGAAGGGCAAGGAGGGGCGGGUGCGAGGAAACCUGAUGGGCAAGCGAGUGGACUUCUCGGCCCGCACGGUCAUCACGCCCGACCCCAACCUGUCCAUCGAUCAGGUGGGCGUGCCCCGCUCCAUCGCCGCCAACAUGACCUUCGCCGAGAUCGUCACGCCCUUCAACAUCGACAGGCUGCAGGAGCUGGUGCGGCGGGGGAACAGCCAGUACCCGGGGGCCAAGUACAUCAUCCGGGACAACGGGGACCGCAUCGACCUGCGCUUCCACCCCAAGCCCAGCGACCUCCACCUGCAGAUCGGCUACAAGGUGGAGAGGCACAUGUGCGAUGGCGACAUCGUCAUCUUCAACCGGCAGCCGACGCUGCACAAGAUGUCCAUGAUGGGGCAUCGCGUCCGCAUCCUGCCCUGGUCCACGUUCCGCCUCAACCUCAGCGUGACGACGCCGUACAACGCGGAUUUCGACGGGGACGAGAUGAACCUGCAUCUGCCCCAGUCGCUGGAGACGCGGGCGGAGAUCCAGGAGCUGGCCAUGGUCCCCCGCAUGAUCGUCACUCCCCAGAGCAACCGGCCCGUCAUGGGCAUCGUGCAGGACACGCUCACCGCCGUGCGCAAGUUCACCAAGAGGGAUGUCUUCCUGGAGAGGGGCGAAGUGAUGAACCUGCUGAUGUUUCUGUCAACGUGGGACGGGAAGGUGCCCCAGCCGGCCAUCCUGAAGCCGCGCCCGCUAUGGACGGGCAAGCAGAUCUUCUCCCUCAUCGUGCCCGGCCACAUCAACUGCAUCCGCACUCACAGCACCCACCCGGAUGACGAAGACAGCGGGCCCUACAAGCACAUCUCGCCCGGGGACACCAAGGUGGUGGUGGAGAACGGUGAGCUGAUCAUGGGCAUACUGUGUAAGAAGUCCCUGGGCACCUCGGCCGGGUCCCUGGUCCACAUCUCGUACCUGGAGAUGGGCCACGACACCACCAGGCUCUUCUACUCCAACAUCCAGACCGUCAUCAACAACUGGCUGCUCAUCGAAGGCCACACCAUAGGCAUCGGAGACUCCAUCGCCGAUGCCAAGACCUACCAGGACAUUCAGAACACCAUCAAGAAAGCCAAACAGGAUGUCAUUGAGGUGAUCGAGAAGGCCCACAACAACGAGCUGGAGCCGACCCCGGGGAACACGCUGCGGCAGACCUUCGAGAACCAAGUGAACCGCAUCCUCAACGACGCCCGUGACAAGACCGGCUCGUCGGCGCAGAAGUCCCUGUCCGAGUACAACAACUUCAAGUCCAUGGUCGUCUCUGGUGCCAAGGGCUCCAAGAUCAACAUCUCCCAGGUUAUCGCGGUGGUGGGGCAGCAGAACGUGGAGGGCAAGCGGAUCCCCUUCGGCUUCAAGCACCGGACGCUGCCCCACUUCAUCAAGGACGACUACGGGCCCGAGAGCCGCGGCUUCGUGGAGAACUCCUACUUGGCCGGGCUGACCCCCACCGAGUUCUUCUUCCACGCCAUGGGCGGGCGCGAGGGGCUCAUCGACACCGCCGUCAAGACGGCCGAGACAGGAUACAUCCAGCGGCGGCUGAUCAAGUCCAUGGAGUCGGUCAUGGUGAAGUACGACGCCACGGUGAGGAACUCCAUCAACCAGGUGGUGCAGCUGCGCUACGGCGAGGACGGGCUGGCCGGCGAGAGCGUCGAGUUCCAGAACCUGGCCACCCUCAAGCCCUCCAACAAGGCCUUCGAGAAGAAGUUCCGCUUCGACUACACGAACGAGCGGGCGCUGCGGCGUACCCUCCAGGAGGAGCUGGUGAAAGACGUGCUGAGCAACGCCCACAUCCAGAACGAGCUGGAGCGCGAGUUCGAACGCAUGCGGGAGGACCGGGAAGUCCUGCGGGUCAUCUUCCCCACCGGGGACAGCAAGGUGGUGCUGCCCUGUAACCUGCUGCGCAUGAUCUGGAACGCGCAGAAGAUCUUCCACAUCAACCCCCGGCUCCCCUCCGACCUACACCCCAUCAAAGUCGUGGAAGGCGUGAAGGAACUGAGCAAGAAGCUGGUGAUCGUGAACGGCGAGGACCCGCUGAGCCGACAGGCGCAGGAGAACGCCACGCUGCUCUUCAACAUCCACCUGCGCUCCACGCUGUGCUCCCGCCGCAUGGCCGAGGAGUUCCGCCUCAGCGGGGAGGCCUUCGAUUGGCUGCUCGGGGAGAUUGAGUCCAAGUUCAACCAGGCCAUCGCGCACCCGGGGGAGAUGGUGGGCGCCCUGGCCGCCCAGUCGCUGGGGGAGCCGGCCACCCAGAUGACGCUGAAUACGUUCCACUACGCCGGCGUGUCGGCCAAGAACGUCACCCUGGGCGUGCCCCGCCUCAAGGAACUCAUCAACAUCUCCAAGAAGCCCAAGACGCCCUCGCUCACCGUCUUCCUGCUGGGCCAGUCGGCCCGAGACGCCGAGAGAGCCAAGGACAUCCUUUGCCGCCUGGAGCACACGACCCUGCGGAAGGUGACGGCCAACACGGCCAUCUACUACGACCCGAACCCGCAGAGCACCGUGGUGGCCGAGGACCAGGAGUGGGUCAACGUGUACUACGAGAUGCCCGACUUCGACGUGGCCCGCAUCUCGCCAUGGCUGUUGCGCGUGGAGCUGGACCGCAAGCACAUGACCGACCGCAAGCUGACUAUGGAGCAGAUCGCCGAGAAGAUCAACGCCGGCUUCGGGGAUGACCUGAACUGCAUCUUCAACGACGACAACGCGGAGAAGCUGGUCCUCAGGAUCCGCAUCAUGAACAGCGACGAGAACAAGAUGCAGGAGGAGGAGGAGGUGGUGGACAAGAUGGACGAUGACGUGUUCCUGCGCUGCAUUGAGUCCAACAUGCUGACGGACAUGACGCUGCAGGGCAUCGAGCAGAUCAGCAAGGUGUACAUGCACCUGCCCCAGACGGACAACAAGAAAAAGAUCAUCAUCACCGAGGAUGGGGAGUUCAAGGCCCUGCAGGAGUGGAUCCUGGAGACAGACGGGGUGAGCCUGAUGCGGGUGCUGAGCGAGAAGGACGUGGACCCCGUGCGUACCACUUCCAACGACAUCGUGGAGAUAUUCACGGUCCUGGGCAUCGAGGCGGUGCGCAAGGCCCUGGAGCGGGAGCUGUACCACGUCAUCUCCUUCGACGGCUCCUACGUCAACUACCGGCACCUGGCGCUGCUGUGCGACACCAUGACCUGCCGCGGCCACCUCAUGGCCAUCACCCGCCACGGCGUCAACCGGCAGGACACCGGGCCCCUCAUGAAGUGCUCUUUCGAGGAGACGGUGGACGUCCUGAUGGAGGCGGCCGCCCACGGCGAGAGCGACCCCAUGAAGGGCGUGUCGGAGAACAUCAUGCUGGGCCAGCUGGCCCCGGCCGGCACCGGCUGCUUCGACCUCCUCCUCGACGCCGAGAAGUGCAAGUACGGCAUGGAGAUCCCCACCAACAUCCCGGGCUUGGGAGCCGCAGGCCCCACGGGGAUGUUCUUCGGGUCGGCCCCCCAGCCCCAUGGGGGCCUCUCCCGCCAUGACGCCCUGGAACCAGGGGGCCACGCCGGCCUACGGAGCCUGGUCCCCCAGCGUCGGCAGCGGCAUGACCCCGGGGGCCGCCGGCUUCUCGCCCAGCGCCGCCUCCGACGCCAGCGGCUUCAGCCCCGGCUACUCUCCGGCCUGGUCUCCGACCCCGGGCUCCCCGGGCUCCCCCGGCCCGUCCAGCCCCUACAUCCCCUCUCCGGGGGGGGCCAUGUCGCCCAGCUACUCGCCGACGUCUCCGGCCUACGAGCCCCGCUCCCCCGGGGGCUACACUCCGCAGAGCCCCUCCUACAGCCCCACCUCCCCCUCCUACAGCCCCACCUCCCCUUCUUACUCCCCCACCAGCCCCAACUACAGCCCCACCUCCCCCAGCUACAGCCCGACGUCACCCAGUUACUCCCCCACCUCUCCGAGCUACAGCCCCACCUCCCCCAGCUACAGCCCGACCUCCCCCAGCUACAGCCCGACCUCCCCGAGCUACAGCCCGACCUCGCCGAGCUACAGCCCCACCUCGCCCAGUUACAGCCCCACCUCGCCCAGUUACAGCCCGACCUCCCCCAGCUACAGCCCCACCUCCCCCAGCUACAGCCCCACCUCCCCCAGCUACAGCCCGACGUCUCCGAGCUACAGCCCGACGUCCCCGAGCUACAGUCCCACCUCCCCCAGCUACAGCCCCACCUCCCCCAACUACAGCCCCACCAGCCCCAACUAUACCCCGACGUCGCCCAGCUACAGCCCGACGUCGCCCAGCUACAGCCCGACGUCGCCCAACUACACCCCGACGUCGCCCAACUACAGCCCCACCUCCCCCAGCUACAGCCCCACCUCCCCCAGCUACAGCCCCACCUCCCCCAGCUACAGCCCGUCCAGCCCCCGCUACACCCCCCCAGUCCCCGACCUACACCCCCCAGCUCCCCAGCUACAGUCCUACCUCACCCAAGUACACCCGCCACCAGUCCCUCCUACAGCCCCAGUUCCCCGGAGUACACCCCGACCUCCCUCCAAGUACUCGCCCCACCAGCCCCAAGUACUCGCCCACCAGCCCCAAGUACUCGCCCACCAGCCCCACCUACUCGCCCACCACCCCCAAGUACUCACCCACCAGCCCCACCUACUCGCCCACCUCCCCGGUCUACACGCCCACCAGCCCCUAAUACUCGCCCACCAGCCCCACCUACUCGCCCACCAGCCCCAAGUACUCAACCCACCAGCCCCAGCGCUACUCCACCGACCAGGCCCGAAGGGUCCACCUACUCGCCACCUCCCCGGGGUACUCGCCCACCAGGGCCCCACCUACAGCCUUCACCAGCCCGGCCAUCAGCCCCGACGGACAGCGACGAGGACAACUAA